AUGGAUAUUCUGCUAGCACCGACUUUCAUGGGACGCGCUCUGGCGCUACUACUGGGAAGUUUGCUCGGAUCUUCGCCCUAUUCCAGCGAUUACCAGAGUGUGUGCCUUGUUCGCAGUCUAGGUGAAGAUAUUCGGUACGAAGGAAGAUCGCCAGCGGUUGUUCCUUAUCUAUCAUUAGCUACGACGUCGGUGCAGCAGAGUAACGAACUGGAUGUCAACGAUCUUCAUGCCGCCAUCGAAGCCGGUUGCGGUGGAUUCAUCGUCAGUGAGCUGGCGCUGCUACCAUGGCUAGAGCAAUUUCAUGCAGCACACCAACGAUCCCUGCAGCGGAUUCCCAACAAACGAUUGAUUGCCAUCGUGUCGCAGUUGGACGGGAAAAUGCGCCGCACAUUGCUACCUCAUCGCGAUGCCCUGCAGCAGCUCGUGAACGUUCUGUUGAUCGUGCCGAAUGUUACGAGUGCGGUUAUCGGGUUGCAUACGAUCGAGCUGGUAGCAGGGAGUGCGAGCGACUUCCGGUUGAUCGAUGAAAUACCAAUCGAGCGUGUUCCAUCAAUGGCGAGUAACAGUAGCAGGCUGCUUGAAAGUUAUUUUCCCGACCGACUGCAGAACCUCCAUGGCAGGCGUAUCCGCGUGACGACCGCGUCCUAUCCACCGUACGCGAUGUGGCAGGAAGUGCCACCUGGACAGGGUAAUGCGGACGUUGUUGGUGAUAGCAGACCUCGGACGGUUCAACUUGCGGGAUUCGAGUUUCUGUUAAUACUUGAGUUAUGCCGGCGUCACAACUGCACCGUGGAGAUAAUGAUCGAAACCGAUUGGGGAACGGUAGAACCAAAUGGUUCCGCUACUGGGCUGAUUGGGAACAUCGUGAAUCGACGGGCCGACCUGGUACUCGCUGCCCUGUACACGUGGGAAUCCUGGUUUCAGGUGGCCUCACUCACUAUGCCGAUCGAGGCUGCCCAUGUGUCCUGCUUGGUACCGAAACCACAGCUUUUACCGUUCUGGCAGACACCGUUUCGAAGCUUCCCGUCUAAUAUGUGGCUUAUGGUGGGACUAGCAUUCGCGGCCGGUACCGGAGCUAUCUACCUGAUUGAGUGUGCCCAUAGCCGGCUUGCCAUGCGAGUGAUCUCGGUUAGGGAGGAGUACGAGUGCUUCUCCCUUCUGGACGCCCUGUUCGUUAUUUUCAAGCUGCACGUUGGUCAAUCGCUUGGUGUACGCUACGAUCGGCUAGUGGCCGGUUUGAUCCUUCUCGUGGCACUGCUCUUCGGUGGGUUUAUGAUUGAGAAUAGCUACGCCGGAGCACUGGCCAGCUUGCUGACGUUGCCACAGUACGAGCGAUCGAUCGACACAGUGGCGGACUUUGUAGCCAACGGCAUGCACUGGACCGGUGGUACCGAGGCGUGGAUGAAUACGCUGGCCGGUACCACCCAACCGGACCUGGUGCGCAUCCGCGAUAGCUUCGUGGUACACGAUAACGACGACGAAGCGGUUGCACGGCUACCGUUCACCGAUCGGCGCAUGGGCUACGUUUACGAGCGGCUCCAGUUCGGUAACUAUGGUUACGGGUCGCGCAUCACCUGGAAUGCUUCGUUAAGGCUUCAACCACUUCGCGAGGACGUUUUCAACGAGUUUACCGUCGGUGCGUGUCGCAAAGUGUGGCCGUUGCGAGCCCCUCUUGAUGCGCUCCUUCUGGCCCUUCACCAGAGUGGCAUCUUCCACUACUGGGAAUUAACGGUGGGUUCCGGUCAUCAUUCGCUGGUAAAUACUAAUCUACUCUAA